UUUCACGGUGGCAUCCUACACAUCAAGGAAGGGCUUCUUCGUAACAACGUUACAACCAGACAAGGAGGAACUAUGGAAUCAGAUGUAUAACAGCGAUUCGCGCACAUUGAUCACGUUGGCUACAGAAACCCAGAUCUUGCUCCCGUCGAUGGACAGUCCAGUCUCCACAUCAAGGCUGACAGCAAGCCUGCAUAUAUGUCUAAAGUUAUAUCUAAUGAUGUUAUCCUGAACACUAUUGAUCUGAAAGUAAAUGAUGCUGACGUCACCACAACAAUUCAACACUAUCAUGUGACCGGAAGCACACAUGACCCAAGUGUCACUCUGUUGAUUGACAGCUUACUCACAUGGAUGAGUGACCCACAGCGAUAUUCCUGCACAAUCAUUUCAGACUCUGUGAGCGAGGCACGGUUCCUGGUCCUUUUGGUGAACAUCGCCAGCAGACUGCAGGACGACAACAGGGUGGACGUCAUCAACAACAUGCGACAUCUACACCCAACUCUCGGUGGACCUCCAUUCUCUCAGAUGGAUGUUCGCCGGUGUCUGGAGUUUGCACAAGGACGACAGGAAUCUCUUGGACUCUAUGCUAACUUGUAAAGCAUGAUAGCACUAUGCAAUAUCAUUUCAAUAUUGUAUCUGGUUUUUCUCAGCCCAGUGUGUUAUCAGCAAUAUUUCUAAUGCAAGUGGACAAGGCUUUUGCUAAAAGACCAAACAUGACUGCAAUAUAAUGACACAGUAGUCUAGUUAUGACACUGAACACGACUACUGGGUAAAAGUGUACAAGUCUUUUCAAUGAUCGAAUUGUUAUAUGUACCAAUAGCACGAGAGACUUGAUGAAACAGUUUUAUGUUUGUACAAGUAAUUAAGCUUUCAACAAAGUUUUCUCAAAAGCAAAAAAAGCCUCAAAUAACUACUAAGUUGUUUACAUUUGUUUUAAAUUCAAACCUUUUUUUCCUAGACUGAAUGUGAUAUGAUAAUGUCACACUAUUUGAAAACGCCUAUUCUGUAUUUCUUUCAGCAAAACAUAAUACUAUCGAUACAUGCUUACACAUAUUUGACAUGAAAGUUUUUCUUUAAUUGGCAACCAAUGUGUCUUUCCCCCAAUGAGUGAGUGAGUUAACAUUUAUCGUCACAUCGCAAUAUUUCAGCCAUAUAGUUGGCAAAUACAUUUCAUAAAUGUACAAUUAUGUCGUCGAAGGACAUAGUGACAACUAGAUUAGGACUUAUUUUAAAAAACUAGUUUGAGAGUAUGUUAUAUAUUAAACUAGCAAUUGACAAAACAAAUAUAUGAGGGUGCCAGAGGUAUAAGACGAAAACAAAUUAACAAGUUUGCUGUCUUAUGUUAUUGCAUCGCGUAGCAAUGAUCCCUUCUUAACCUGGUAAAAUGAUGUGUCAUUAAACAUGUGUUAAUACAUCUUGAUAUGGUGUCAUUAAGUUUGCUGCUACUAUGUGCGAUGUGUCAUUCAGAUAAUGAUUGUGUAAUCCAUACACAUUCACAUUAAACCGACUUUAGUGAAAUGUACGUUACUGCACAGGCCAUUAUCUCUGUCUCUGUAUAAUAUGACUGUAUAUUUGUGUACAUUUCAGUCAUCGGUGCUUUUAAAAAUGCAUUCUUAUUUUUAACUGAAUAAUAUCCGCUUCUGUUGACUUGUCCAAUUUGUAAAUAAUUUAUCUUCAGGUGUAUGUGCACAUCUGUAAAUAUUUCUUUUCGCUUUCUCGUAUUCGUAUAAAAUAUUAUUGCAUUGCAUUUAAACUACGCCUAAGUCAAGGUGGGGAAAAUGUUAUCAAAACCAGUGUUCAUUGUUUCCCACAUUUAACUAUCAACUGCUGUUUGUCCGCCUAUGAGCCCAAUUGUGAUAGAUAAUACUGACACUGUAUGACGGCUACAUUGUGAAUAAAGAAGCACCCAGCUCA